CCUCAGCCUCACUCUCUUGGAUUUCGAAAUUGCGAAGAAGGAGAAAGAAGAGAGAGAAAGAGAAAGAAUUUCCAUCCAUCAUGCUUCCCUCUAUCGUUCGUGCGUUCGUUCCGACUUUGUUCGUGUUAUCGGUAGCCGCUUCUCGCCAUCGUCUUAAAAACGACGUGAGCAAGGAAUCGGAUAAUUCGCUGCGUCCUGACACGGAGACUCCAAACUUGCUGCCUCCUGUCAUUGAGCCACAGAUCCCCGUCUUCUUCCCAGAUGGGAGAGCGAGCCGGCUGGACACCAUCACCCUGCAGGGCUUCUCCAUCCCUGUGGUGACCCCGAUCGGCCCCGCCCCGACCUGGCCUGGCAACGUGUCACGUGACCUCUGGGUCGAGGUCAAGGGCUUCGGGGAAAGAUCGGACAACAGCCUCCUCAAGUUAAUCCUCUGAUGUGCGGUCAGUACGAUCUCAAGGCAGGAGAGGAGAUCGCACUACAGAGUCCCUACUUUCCUAGCCAAUACACUGCGUUCAGUUGCAGUUGGGUCUUCAAAUCGACAUCUGAAGAAGGAUUCAUGCUGAACUGUCCAGAAUUCAUGCUCGGGAGAGGAGACAGGUUAACCACUGUCACACUCAACAAGAAAAAGUCCUUUAAAAAGUACGUGUGGGGGAAGGGACCGACUAACCAGGUGUUGGCAGGACCCGCUAUCAAGGUGGUCUUCAGAGCCAAUAGGUGGAGGAACGCCAAGGGAUUCUCAUGCUCCCUCAAGGACCUCGGAGCUGCAACAACUACUGCAGCAACGACGACAACUACAACUGCAUCAGCCACAACUCAGCCCACAACCACCACAGGCGCCCCUGCAACAACCACCACAGCCGCCCCUACAACAACAACCGCAGCUACCCCUAACAAAGCCACCACAGUCGCACCAACUACAACCACCACAGCGCAGCCAACGACCUCUCUCCCCCCUCUCUCGUCUCCCGAAUGCGGCCUCGUGAACAGAGCCUCGUCCCGCAUCGUGAAUGGGUUUAUCGCUGACGUCC